GCUUUGUCCACUAUGAGUCCGUACAAAACCUCCGAGGGUUUCAAUACCGCCCUAGGCGCCGGUUUGAACAGUACAUGGUCUGGGGCGGAUGCCAUCCACGGCGUUGUUAAUGCCGGGGUUAGGAUGGAAGGUGCGGUUGCUGAGCACCAGUGGACCAAAGCGAGAGUCAACGAACAGUUGCAGAGAGCCCAGUACCCGGACGGCAAACCUAGGGUCGAUCACUCGGCGCAGUAUCAGGCUGCAAACCCCACGCUGAGCAACCUCGGGGACGAUCGGCAACUUUAUAAUCGUGUUAAUGGGCAACGUUAGGGACAUCACUGAGCCCAGGAUGUGCAAGCAUGUCUAUUCUGGAUAAGCUCGUAAUCCGACCUUAUGAAGGAUGUUUGUGUUUUUUCC